AUGAAAAUAUUUCGACGAGUUAAUUUAGCUUAUGCGCGUGUUCAGAAUGUCUCUCUGAUAGAUCUAAAGAUAGACUUUGUUUUAACAAGGGACUACAAAGACCACUCAGGAAAAAGAACAAGUUUAAAAACAGACACAACAUCAUCAACACCAAGUUUGUCACGCUGGGAACCAUCCUCAAAUAGAUCUAGUGAAAGUCCCGAGUCUAGAAGGACUUGGGCAUCGACAUCGAAUCUAGUGAAGGAUGAGAACCUGUCAAAGCCAUCCAGCACAACAUCAUCAGUGUCUGCAGAAUGGAAUUCAGCGAUGGAUCUCCCUAGUCUGGUCGAGUCUUCGAAUUCCACCUGGGAAUCUGAUAAGCCGUCAUCAAGGCCCAAAAGCUUCACCUCGCCCAAGGUUGAUAGUUACACAUUCAGGAGGCACUCUAUCGAUGAAACGGCGCUGCAGAAUGAUCGCCAGCCAGCAAAGCUCCAGAUCAAGCAGGUCAUUGAUAAGACUUGUAAUAAUUCUGAAAACGAUGUUGAAUUUAUUAUUCAGGUGAGAAAAGCGGACUAUAAAAAAGACGUAGAGAAAAAAAAAGAUAAUAAUAAUCGUGAAAUAAAUGAAUUGGAAAGUCUUAAGGCUCAGCUGAGUGAUAUGAAGGCGCGCUGCGAGAGGGUUGAAAGGGAAAAAAGCGAAAUACUUUUACGAAGACUCGCAACUAUGGAUUCAGUAUCUGCUAAAACGCCUAAGAGUAGUGAAAUGUCGAGGCUGCAAAAAUCACUUAAAGAAUUGCAAUCCAAGAACGAAGCCUUGAACGAGGAAAAGAUGACUCUCCUUGCACGGUUGAAAAAUCUUGAAAAAGAUACUGACUCGAAAGGCGGGAAGAGCGAGCGAGAAAAGGCCGUUGAGGAGCUCAAGUCGAAGCUCAAGGCCGCAGAAACUCUUUGCGAGUCUCUUAUGGAUGAGAAUGAGGACAUGAAGAAAGAAAUACGGGAAUUGGAAGAGGAAAUUUAUGAGAUGCAGGAUAACUUUAGAGAGGAGCAAGCUGAUGAGUACACCGGAUUGAGGAAGGAUGUCGAACAGGCGAACAAAAACUGCCGAAUUCUUUCCUUUAAAUUACGAAAGAUGGAACGAAAGACUGAACAGUUAGAGUCUGAAAAAAGUGAAUUAGAAAACAAACACGAAGAGAUAAAAAAAGUUGAAGAAGUCUUAAAAAAACUGGGAACUGAGUUUAAAACUCGUGGUUCCAAAUUCAAUGACCAUCCAUCUAAAGUACAGUUAAGAAAGAUGUUAGAGGAUGUAGAAAAAGAACUCGGUGAGGUAUACACUGUUUUUGGGGACAUUAUUAAUCUUUGUAUUGAUUCGCCCGCCGCUAGAGGGCAAGACAGUUCGCUUAAGUUUGACAAACUUGCCAAAGAAAACGAAUUGCUUCAGCAGAAAUUGGACAAUGUGAUGCGCGAUUUGGCAAAAGAAAAAGAAUCCAAUAAAUCGGAUAUCAAAGGGGACCCGCAAAAUUUGAAAAAAAAAUUAAAUGAUGCUACAGCCGCCAGAGAGUCAGAUCGCAAAAUUUGGGAAUCAGAAAAAUCAAAAUUACAAGAAGAAAAAGAGAAAUUAAAGUCAAAAUUACUAUCACUGUCUGCUGAAAAGCUUAAGUUGAAAAAGGAUUUAGAAACAGCAACGUCAUCGGAGAAAAAUAACGCUAAGAUGGAAGUAACUGUAAAUGAAUUAAGAAAAGAAUUAAAUGCCGAGAGAGAACGAUGUAAGAAGUUACAAGACGAUUUAACAAUGUCCACUGAAAAAGAAAGUAGAAUGUUAAAGAAUGCUGCCAAAUUGGAGCAAUCAAAGUCAUUAGUAGAAAGUGAAUUAAAGAAAUUGAAAACGGAAUUUGAGAGCAUUAAGUCAUCAACUUCGAUGAAAGUGGCCAAAGCGACCGCUGAAUUAGCGGAAGUUAAAAAAGAAAGAGAUAAAUUGAAGGCUCAGAUUGAAGAAGAUAGACUGGCCAAAGAUACAGAACUUAUCAAUUUGAAGAAAAAAUUGGCAACUUUAGAGAAAGCGGGAGCUAGUGCCAAAAAAAUGGCGGAUCUUAAGCAAACUUACACUGAAAAAAUUACAAUCUUAGAAGAAGAGAUAAAAAAAGGUCAGGAGUUGUUUGACGGUCUGCAUACAAAACAUGCAGCUUUGCAGGAUUCUAAAAGACAGUUGGAGAAUCAAGUUGAGAUUUUAAAUAGUCAUAUAGGAGAUUAUAAAAAUCAAUUAGAAAAUACGGAAGAACGUGUUCGAUAUCUUGAAGAAGCUAAUCGGCUUAAAGAAAUUACUUGGAAAAAAGAAAAAUCACGAUUGGAGGAAAUGCUGAAAGAACGUGAGAGAUCGUCGACGGUUAAUGGACAAUUAGAAGAAUCUAAGGAAGAAAUUAGUCGUAUUGUUAAAGAAAAUGAAUCAUUGAGAAUUCAAUUAGAGGAUAUGAGAAAAAUGUUCCAACGAAAUUUAUCAGCCGACACUUCGGCGUUGGACAACGAGUUACGAAAGACCAAGAGUUUGCUCGCCGACGCGGAGAAGGCGAGAAAGACGGAUCUUGCUCAGUGUAAAAUGCGUUAUGAGCAGAGAAUAAAGGCAAUAAAUGAUGAAAUACAGUCAAUUCAAAAUCAAUUGUCGCGUUAUAAACGCGAGAGAGACACUUAUAAGCAUAUGAUGGAGGGCGCCCAGAAGACUAUUGCCGAGCUCAAGGCGACUCGUCAACGAAGACCCUCAACUACAUCAACUGGAAAAUCAGAUGAGGACGAAGAGUCAACCGGUACAAACGUUUCUACACUGGAGCAGCAGAUCAGUAUGAUGGAAGAUGAGCUAUCAGAAAGUAAAUUGGAAGCUUCUAAACUCAAGACUGAAUUAGUGUCUGAACGAUCCGGCUGGCAGAUUAAAUUGUCUGAAAUGCAGUCAAGAAUAAAUGAGCUGGAGGAGGAGCGGAUUUUAGCAAGCGGUCGAACUAAAAUUCCAGGUUUAAAGGCACGUAUUGAGCUUGCCUGGCAGAAAGAAAGAGAAGAACAGCAGAGGCUAUUACAAGAGACCGCAACGCUUGCUAGGGAUUUACGCCAGACAUUGUACGAGAUUGCGGUUAUAUGUCUGUAUGUGGGCGUGCAUUUAUCAACUCGUCUCUCGUUAAAGGUCGAGCGGGAGCGUGACAAGGAGCGUCUGGAGAACAAGCGUCGCCAGGACCAGAUGAAGAAGAUAUUCGAUGAGGAGAAGGAGGAGAAUAAGAAGAAAUUGAUCGAAUUGCAAUGUGACCUUCUGGAGUUGAGAGAUGCCCACGCGAAGCUGAGGACAAGUAACGAGAAAAUGAGACGCGAAAAGGAGAGACACGAGAAAGAAAGAGAGGAAUUUAAGGACUUGAUUAUGAGCAAAAGACGUAUGGAGCAAAUAGAGGCCAGAAAUAUUAAUAUUUUGCUGAGCCAGGUUGAUGAUUUGAUGAAGUUAUUCCCGGAGUUAAGUAACAAGGUUGAUUCUUCCGGUAAAACUCCGGAUAAUUAUACUCCGACGCCUCCGAGAAGAACCAAGGGACCAAAGUCACGUGAAUCUUCGCCUAUGCUAGAGUCUAGGGAAGAUAUAAAAGUAGCCAAAGAAUUACAAGAAUCAAAGAAGGUAUUGGCUAGAAGUGAUGUUUCAUCGAAGAAAAAACUUACAAAGAGGUCUAACUCUAUUGAUGAUGACAGUGGACGAGGCUCUUCGACGUCGGCCCGCUCCAAACCGAGUCUCAAGCGUAAGAGUUUAUCUUUAGAACAGACCACUGGAAAGAACGAUCAAUCGAUUUGGGGAACUGAUAGCAAUGUUUCGAGCAUACAGUCAUUAGACUCUGAAGUUGAUACAAGACAUUUCAGUCUUCAAAGAGAUUCUAGUGUAGACAGCCGACUGUCUGGAGGCUCAACGAAGAGCGAAAUGAUUCAGCGGGAUAAGAAGUACAAUAAAAAUCUUAUGAGAAAAAUAACAAGUAAAUUAACAAAGUCUGCGAGUGUUGACGAUCCUAAUAGUUCCUUUGAUUUUUCUAUACAGAAAAAAUUAAGUGCCAUGUUUAAGCGCAGUUCUUCCAAAAGCAACGGACUGGAUAAAAAAUCCAGUUCGGAGGACACGAGCAGGCCUGCUUCGAGAGCGUCCAAUGUAUCAAAGAGAUGA